AUGGAACUAGGGCCCUUCGUCGAGAUGGACGACGCACAGGAGUCCGCAAGCCCCACCCCCACAAACAAGGCCUCGCCCUCGUUCGAGGACUCCCACAAGGCCCGCAGCCACGCCUCCUCGGUCUCGUCCGUGUCCACGCCGCUCCCCAAGCGCAAACUCUCGGUCGAUAUCCCCCGACUCCCGGACGACAACGCGUACGAGGUGAUCAACAACGCUUCGUCGUUGCGCACCUCCGCAAUGGCCAUUCCCGAGCGCCCGCGGCCUUCUGGGGCGUCCAACUUGUCCACGAGCACAGCCUCGUCGACAGCCUCGAUCCCGCUUAGAAUUAAGAAGUCCACGCCCGCAAACCCAGAGACAACAAAGACGGACGCCGUUUCUCUGUCGUUUAACCAGGGCGACGGUCUAGCAGACACAGACGGGUCGAUGAACGGCGACGGAGACCAGAUGAGCCAGGAAUCGGCCGGCGAGCAGCCUGCCACGCCGGUGCCGGCGCCGAACGCCACGUUCAUGUCUAGCAUCAAGAGUCUUGCGUCCAUAUCCCGACAGCAGGAGGCAGAGACGACUACCGACACAGUCUCCACGCUGGGCACUCCGUUGCGCAGUCGGCCGGACGCCGAGGACGAGGGCAAGCUCGAACAUGUCGUCAACGGCCACACAGAGAUGCUCAGCUACCGGCGGUCCUCGCGCAGAGCAAAAAGCAGCAGCAUAUCGUCUUUGCCGAAAACGCCCCUCACAGAGGCCUCCAACGACAGCUUUGAGCGAUCGCCAGCAGAGUUCUCGAACAAACUGUACACGGACGAGAAGUACCUCGACACACAGUACCGCUACGCCUCGUUAACGCGGAACGUGGAGUUCCACGAGCUAUUCAAAAAUAUCCCAGACAACGAGCGGCUUCUGGACGACUUCAGCUGCGCACUGAGCCGCGAAAUCCUGCUCCAAGGCCGGCUUUACGUUUCGGAGCACUAUCUGUGUUUCAACUCCAACUUGCUCGGCUGGGUGACCAGUCUGGUGAUUUCUCACGACGAGGUGGUCCAUUUCGAGCGCAAAUCGACGGCAGGACUGUUUCCGAACGGGAUAGUGAUCGAGACGAGAGACGGAAAGCACACUUUUGCGAGCUUCAUCUCGCGCGACUCGACGCUGAACUUUUUGGAGACCGUGUGGUCGAAGUCCGUGGCCCUGAGCAAGGCCAAGAACGAGCAGUCGCGCGCUCUGGACCUGAUCGAGAGCAACCUGCCUGCGCCGGCGGUCCAGCAGCUUUCGGAGGACGACGUCUUCACCAUCGACGAGAACGGUCCGUUGAUGGACGGAGAGACAGAAGAGGAGGUGGCUGCCAGUCCUGUUUAUAGAAACGAGGGCCCCGACAAGCACAGCCCCACAGAGUGCAGCUACGAGCCCGAGGCGCACGGCGAGUCGAUCAUUCUGGACAAGGUCUUUGCUGCGCCGAUGGGCGUGGUGUUCAACGUUCUUUUUGGCGAGAAAAUCACCUUCCAUAGGCACAUCAUGGAGUUGAGCGACGGGUACAAUUUCAGUGACUACGGGCCGUUCAGAGAGAACGAGAACGAGGAGCUGGUGCGCAAGUUUGAGUACGAGAAAAAGCUCAACAACUCGAUUGGCCCGAAAUCGGCCAAGGUGGAGGCGUCCGAGCUCAUCCAGCAUAAAGAUUUCAACGGGUACGUGGAGGUGGUGAGCACCACGUGCACGCCAAACGUUCCGAGCGGGACUGCGUUCCACGUAGUCACGAGGUACAUUUUUACGUGGGCCGAAGAAAGCCAGACACGGCUGAAAAUCAGCUACAAGAUAGUAUGGACCGGCUCGAGCUGGAUCAAGGGAGUGAUCGAGAAAAGCACCAAGUCGGGACAGCAGAAGUCCGCCGACCUGAUUGGCGAAGAGCUCGACAAGAUACUUCCAGAGAUCCAGACGGGCAGGCCAGCAGAGAGCGAAGAGACUGACGAAAAACAGGAGGAGAUUUUCGCCGAGCCCGUUGCAAGGCAACCGUCGAGGUACGUUCUCUUUCUGGAGCAACUGGCCGGAAACUGGCUUGCAAUACUGGUGACUUUCAUUCUGCUGUUGCAGCUGUAUUUCCUGUACAGGAUGAAGUGUCUCAGCGAGAAGGUGGCGGAAAGCAUCGAGCUCAACGUAGAGCUUCUGAGACGCAUUGCGGAGCACUAG